ACGACGUCGUUAAAAGAAUCUGAUUUGAUAAAUUUUGUGGCGCAAAAUACUUGUGCCAAGUCUCAUCAGUUAAAGAGUAGAGAGCAAGAAUGGCAUUUCUCAGUGGAAAGCUCUCUACUUUACCUUUGAAAUUCUACACUGUUUCUUCAUCACAACAAGAUACAAAUGCAAACUCGAAAUCAGUGAAAAUAAGAGAAGAUUGGAGGAAAAAAUCUCGACCAAUUCCUCCUGGUGGGACUUAUCCAGCUAAAGACCACUGCAGCAGUUGUGGUUUGUGCGACACUUACUACAUUGCCCAUGUCAAGAAUGCAUGUGCUUUCUUGGGAGAUGGCAUGUCUAGAGUUGAGGCUUUGGAACCUAUCGUCCAUGGACGAGGACGGAAAGAAGAUUCCUUGGAUGAGAUGUAUAUGGGGGUGUAUGAGAAUCUAUUGUAUGCUCGUAAAACUAAGCCUGUGGAAGGAGCUCAAUGGACAGGGAUAGUGACAACUAUUGCUGUGGAGAUGCUAAAAGCUGGGAUGGUAGAAGCUGUUAUUUGUGUUCAGAGUGAUCCGGAAGAUCGAUUUGCUCCCCGACCUGUCCUGGCAAGGACUCCAGAGGAAGUUAUAGCGGCCAAAGGUGUUAAGCCGACACUGUCUCCUAAUCUAAAUACUCUUGCGUUAGUUGAGGCAGCUGGUGUGAAGCGCCUUCUCUUCUGCGGUGUUGGCUGCCAAGUGCAAGCUUUAAGAUCAGUUGAACAAUAUUUGAAUCUGGAAAAGCUUUAUGUACUAGGCACCAACUGUGUGGAUAAUGGACCACGAGAAGGGUUAGAUAAGUUUCUGAAGGCCGCUAGCAGCGAACCUGAAACAGUUCUCCACUAUGAGUUUAUGCAAGACUACAAGGUCCAUCUGAAGCAUUUGGAUGGCCAUAUUGAACAGGUUCCCUAUUUCUGUUUACCAGCAAAUGAUUUAGUUGAUGUUAUUGCGCCAUCUUGUUACAGCUGUUUUGACUACACAAAUGGCUUGGCGGAUUUGGUGGUGGGAUACAUGGGUGUGCCAAAGUAUAGCGGAAUCAGCAUGACACAGCAUCCCCAAUAUGUUACUGUCAGAAAUGAACGUGGUAGAGAAAUGCUAAGCCUUAUCGAGAACCUUUUGGAAAUUACGCCAACGAUAAGUAGUGGUAAGCGGCGUCCAUUUGUCGUGGAAACCGUGAAGGCAGAUGAUGAAGCAAAAUUUGGAAGAGGUCCUUCACAACCUGCUCCAAAGUUUGUUGGAAAUUUAAUAGCGUUUUUUCUCAACAUAGUCGGACCGAAGGGGCUAGAAUUUGCCCGUUACUCGCUAGAUUACCACACAAUCAGAAAUUAUUUACACGUAGUCCGCAAAUGGGGAAAAGAAAGAGCUGACAGACAUAUGCCAGAAUAUGCAAAGAAAAUUGUCAGCAUGUACAACCAGAGUGGAGAAAUUGAUCAAAUGCUUUCAAACAAGUGAAUAAUUUGGUAGAUUGCAACUCCUCAUUUACGCAUACAGUGUCAAUUUUUUAAAAGAAUAGCUGCAUGUUCUUUCUAAAGUAGGGAUGCAUCCAGUCUAUAGAAGUUUGGGGUUGUCCAAAUAUAUUAACACCUUUUGAUAGACAAAAUGUAAUUCCUUUAUAAUAUUAACUACGUUGACUAUUGGUAAACAAACUCCAUGUAUGUGAUUUAGUUUUAGAUGCUUGAGGAUAAUGCUUUUGAUAGUGAAUGCAUAACAUCACAUUUGAUUUA